AUGAUCUCCAGACAGCAGUGCGUCCGAGGCGGGUCCCAGGGCUUUAGCUGUGUCUCGGCUGUCGUCGGCGGGGGCAAGAGGCCUGCCUUCAGCUCAGUCUCCACGUCUGGGGGCACGGGCCGCUGCUCCUCUGGGGGCUUCGGCAGCAGGAGCCUCUACAAUCUCGGGGGGAGAAAGAGCAUCGCCAUCAGCAUGGCCGGGUCCCGGCAAGGCGCUGGCUUCGGGGCUGCUGGAGGUUUUGGCGUUGGCAACUUUGGUAGUGGAUUUGGGGGUUCUUUUGGUGGACGGGGUGGUCCUGGCUUCCCCGUCUGCCCUGCUGGGGGGAUUCAGGAGGUCACCAUCAACCAGAGCCUGCUGACUCCACUCCACGUGGAGAUCGACCCCGAGAUCCAGAAGGUCCGGACUGAGGAGCGCGAGCAGAUCAAGACCCUCAACAACAAGUUCGCCUCUUUCAUCGACAAGGUGCGGUUCUUAGAGCAACAGAAUAAGGUCCUGGAGACCAAGUGGAACCUCCUCCAGCAGCAGACGACCACUACAUCCAGCAAAAACCUUGAACCCCUCUUUGAGGCCUACAUAAGUGUUCUGAGGAAGCAGCUGGAUACCUUGGCCAAUGACAAAGGACGGCUGCAGUCUGAGCUGAAGUCCACGCAGGACAGCGUGGAGGACUUCAAGACCAAGUAUGAGGAUGAGAUCAGUAAGCGGACGACUGCCGAGAAUGACUUUGUGGUCCUCAAGAAGGAUGUGGACAUCGCGUACAUGACCAAGGUGGAGUUGGAGGCCAAGGUGGAUGCUCUGAACGAUGAGAUCAACUUCUUGAGGGUCCUCUUUGCUGCGGAGCUGUGCCAGAUGCAGACUCAUGUUUCAGACACGUCCGUGGUCCUGUCCAUGGACAACAACCGGAACCUGGACCUAGACAGCAUCAUCGCUGAGGUCCGUGCCCAGUAUGAGGAGAUCGCCCAGAAGAGCAAGGCGGAGGCUGAGGCGCUGUACCAGACCAAGGUCCAACAGCUGCAGAUCUCAGUUGACCAACAUGGUGACAGCCUGAAGAACACCAAGAGUGAGAUCUCAGAGCUCAACAGGAUGAUCCAGAGGCUGCGGGCUGAGAUUGAGAAUGUCAAGAAGCAGUGCCAGACUCUGCAGGCGUCCGUGGCUGAUGCAGAGCAGCGUGGGGAGCUGGCCCUCAAAGAUGCCUACAGCAAGCGCACAGAGCUGGAGGCCGCCCUGCAGAAGGCCAAGGAGGAGCUGGCCCGGAUGCUGCGGGACUACCAGGAGCUCAUGAGCGUGAAGCUGGCCCUGGACGUGGAGAUCGCCACCUACCGCAAGCUGCUGGAGGGCGAGGAGUGCAGAAUGUCUGGAGAAUGCCAGAGUGCCCUGAGCAUCUCUGUGGUUGGUGGUGGCGCUAGUGCUGGGACCAUCGGCGGAGGAUUAGGAAGCUGCUCUGGGUUUGGCCUGGGCAGUGGCUUUGGCUCUGGCUCCGGAAGUGGCUUUGGGUUUGGUGGCGGUGUCUGUGGCAGUUCUGGCAGCAAGAUCAUCUCUACCAGCACCAUGAUCAAGAGGUCCCACCGAUAG